GGUGUCUUUUGCUUAUUUCUAACCAUUUGAACAUUCAUCAAUUUUUUUUUGAAAAAAAGGACAAUAACAAUAAAAAUGAAAACUUUAAAUUUUUUAUUUGUAAUCGGAUGUUGUUUUGCAUUCGUUUCCAUAAUCGAUGCUGCACGUUCAUCAAAACGAUCUAAACGUGAUCAAUGUGGCAAAAAUGAAUUGAAUCAAAUGGAUAAAUUAUUGGCAAGUGUUUUACCAUUUGAUGAUCCAAAGGUAAAACCACCUGAAACGAUUGAAGAUAUUCCACAAUUUUGUCUUCAUUAUGGCGAUGUUUUGACCAAAAUCGAAUCAUUGAAUAAACGAUGUAUGAAAGAAACACAACGUAAUGUUAUCGCUGUAAUGAUUUAUAAUAUUAAACAAUCAACACGUGGCAUAUGUUCGAAAAAAGCAAUUCAAUCGAAAAAAUUAACACCAGCUAAAAAGAAUUUUCUACAAUUAAAUCGUUGCAUAAAUGGUGGUUCUAAACAACUGAAACAAUGUUCGGAUACAAUGGCCGGUUAUCUAACAGCAAUUGAAAAAGUUCCCAAAACACAACGUAUUCCAAUGUUAUGCUGCGAAAUGAUCAAAGGACGUGAUUGUUUUCAUAAUGCACUUCGAUCAGGACCGAAUUGCAAUACACCCGAAUUUGACAAAACAUUAGGCGAAAUUGUAAAAUCUGUUGGUGGUGGUGGUGAAAGUCAAUUACGUUCGAUUUGUGGUGAUUUUACAACCAAAGCUAAAUGUUCAAAAGUAAAACUUCCUAAACGACAAGCACCAAAAGAUCAAAAAUCAUUCAUACAAACGGCCUUACAUUUAUUGGGAGAUUUGUAAACUUAGAAUGAACAAAAGGUUUUUUUUAACAAUUCAAGAAUUUUUAUUGAUUGAUUAAAAA